AUGGAGGACAAGUCAUUUAAAAGAGGAAGUUUUAAACUACCAGCAGGUGUAAAUAUUGAAAAUAUGUCAUAUGAGGAUAUUAAUAAUAAUAAUAGCAAUAGUGUUAAUAGUGGUAGCAGUAGCAGUAACGGAGCAACAGGCACAACACCAACAAGAAAAGUUACAUUUGGUUCAAGAGUCAGAGUUCAACAACCCCCACCAGUAGAUGAAAAAAUUAUAGAUCCUUUAACUACCAAUAAUAAUAAUAGAAAUAAUGUUGAUGAAUUUGAUUUAGAUCCAGUACCAAUUUCAAGACCAAGAGCAAAUAGAGCAGCAACAAUGAUUCCAUCACACAUGAUUACAGAAAAUAAACCAAUUCGCCCAAUCAGAGAAUUCAAAAUUGGUAAUGAUAGAUCUCAAAGACAAUCAAUUGAAUCAAAUACAGGUUCAGAAAAUAACAGUAAUAAUAAUAACAAUAAUGAUGAAGAUGAUGAGGAGUUUUCAGGCUCACCAGCUCCAUCUUGGUCAUCAGUUAUGUCACUUUCCAAAAAAAAUACCAUAAACAGUAAAAAGAAGAGUGGUUUAAUUACAGAUUAUUUAAAUCAAGAGGAGUUAAGUUCAGUUCAAACUACUUCCACCCCAUCAACCACUACUACCGAUACAAAUGAAGAUGGCUCAUCAAGAAGAGGUACCCUUAGAAAAGCAAUUGUCAUUGGUACACAUCAACCAAGUCAAAUUGAUGAUAUCGAUGAAACUGCAUCAAGAAUUUCAUCACUAGAUUUAGCCAAUGUUAGUAGACCAAAACCACAAUAUCACACAAUUGAUCCAGCUUCAAUCCCACAAUGGAAAAAGAAUAAUGAAGAUCUUUUGCAAACUAUGGAAAAGGCACCAAUUGUUGAACAAAACCCCCCACAAACAUCUGGUGGUGUUGGUGGCUUAUUCAACUCUAUCCUCAAAGCCUCACCAUUAUCAAGACAACAAAAUAACCCCAACAAUAGUACUGGUGGCCAAAGACUUACCAAAGCUGAAGUUGAAUAUACAGAAUACUUGAAUAAAGCUAGAAAUCAACAAUUCCCAGAUAUCGAACAAUUAAACUUUAUUUAUCCAGCAGGCAAAGAUAAUUUAGGUAGAACCAUUAUUGUAAUUGUUGCAUCUCACUUACCAGUUAAGGAGACUGAUAUGGAAAGAGUUUUGUUAUAUACCAUAUCUAUUAUGGAUCCAGUCGUAGAGGAGGAAUACGUUCUUGUCUAUGUUCACACCAAUAUGAACAACUCCAAUAAGCCAUCAUUUGCAUGGAUGAAAAAAGUAUAUACCAUAUUUAAUAGAAAAUAUAAAAAGAAUCUCAAAGGACUCUAUAUUGUACACCCAACUACAUGGAUCAAAUUUACAUUAGGUCUCUUUAAACAUUUCCUCAGUAGCAAGUUUUGGAGAAAGUUAACUUAUAUCGAUGAUCUCUCUGAUCUCUUCAGAGUUUUCUCAAGAGAGCAAUUAAGUUUACCAACCUCAAUUAUGAUGUAUAGACCAGCUGGCAGAAAAUCACAACCAAUUUUCGGAGCACCUCUCGAAGAUGUUAUUAAUAGACCAGAUAAUCCAGGUGAAAUCCCUGUACUUUUUGAAAAGGGUAUUUCUUAUCUUACAAGGAGAGGUCUUAAAGUAGAGGGUCUUUUCCGUCUCUCUGGUGCAAAUAGUCAAAUUAAAUCACUUAGACAAGGUUUCGAUCAAGGUGAAGAUGUUGAUCUUGAAGAUGUAGAAGAUGUCCAUACUGUUGCAGGUUUAUUAAAGCUUUAUUUAAGAGAAUUACCUUCACCAUUAUUCCCAUUCGAUACUUAUUCAUCAUUCAUUGAAAUUUCAAAGGGUGACCAAACUAAACCACAAAAAGUCGAAAGUUUAAAACUUUUAUUAUCAUUAUUACCACCAGCAAACAAAGCCCUUGCUAAACAUUUAUUCAAAUUUUUAGCAAAGGUUAUAGAAAACGCCGGUGUAAAUAAAAUGAACUCUGUAAAUUUAUCAAUUGUUUUUGCACCAAAUUUAUUAAAAGAAAAAGAUGGAAAUGUAUUAAAUGUAGUUGCCGAUGCUCAAUAUUCACAACUAAGAGUUUUAGAUGAUCAAAUUGCAGGACACACCGAAGAGGAUGGUGGCUCUGAAAAUAUUCCACCAUUUUUAAAAUCAGAAGAAGGAUUUGUAUUCAAACCAGUUCCAUCAACAAGAGGUGGUAGAGAAUUGGACUUUUAUAAAUCGAUUGAUAGUGUUGACCAAUCAUUAUUAGAGUUUUUACCAAAAUUUAUAAGAGUAGAAAUGGUUAAAGAUAUUCCAUAUAUGGGUCUUGAGGAUUUGACAUAUGGUUAUAAAAGUGAUUUUGUUAAUGUUGCUGAUAUUAAAAUGGGCACUCAAACCUAUGAUAGCUCUGCAUCUGCUGAAAAGAUUAGAUUGGAACAAGAGAAAUCGAGCAAAACAACAACCAAACCAUUGGGUAUUAGAUUUUGCGGUGCUAAAGUAGUUGGCCCAAGUGGCAAAAAAGAAAAGCUUUCAAAGGUUUGGGGAAAGAAAUUAAGCCCUAAUAAUAUUUUUGAAGAGGGUAUAAAGAAGUUUUUUACAAAUCCAGAAAGAAGCGAGAGUGAAAACCAACUAAUAGUUAAAGAGUUUUUAAAUCUUUUAAAUAAACUUUUGCAAGUAUUCAAAAACAACGAAAAACUAGCAUUCUAUAGUAGCUCACUUUUAUUUGUUUAUGGUCCAAUCGAUCACGAUUCAGUAAAUUCUAAACCUACAACUUCAAUAACUCCAUUGGGUAAUACUGGCUUGGGUGUAACUAUGAAAAUGAUCGAUUUUGCUCAUGUCGAUGAACUUACUCCACCACAAAAAGAUGAUGGUUAUAUUUUUGGUUUAAAUAAUUUAAUUGGUUUUUUAAAUAAACUUGUUAAAUAA